CUUUCUAAAUUUAUUAUUUUUUAAAUAUACUAUUCCCUCUGGUUUGGACGACGAGGAGAAAGAGCUGAUUCGCAAUGGCUUCUCGAAUGGUUUCUCGGUUGAAAUGGUUACGCUACCUGGCUAAUAGGAUGGAGUACUCCGUAGCUCUCAGCUGGAAGGGAUAUAAUGGAGGACAUAUCACAGAAACUGAAGUUGGUGAUGCCAUAUGGAAAAACUUUUUCCAUGGGAAGUUAACAUAUAUGCAUCGGAACAAUGGUCAAGAGAUGGCCCCAACGAUAUCAGAGGAGGGUGGAACUCUUCUUGUACGAAAACUGCCAAUAUCUGAUCCAACGUAUGUUUUUGUGGGAGAUGUUGUAGUUGUGAGGGACCCUGAAAAGUCUGAGAAUCGUCUGGUUCGUAGAGUAGCUGCUAUUGAAGGCCAUGAAAUGGUGUCGAAAGAUGAAAAGGACGAGCCUUUUGUUCUUGAAGAAGACCAGUGCUGGGUGUUGGCUGACAAUGACAAUUUAAAGCCCAAGGAAGCCAGAGACAGCCGAAUGUUUGGCCCUGUUCCAAUGACAGACAUAGUAGGCAGAGUCAUUUACUCCCUGCGAACUGCAGUUGAUCAUGGUCCUGUACAGAACAGUCGUUUUGGCAUGAGAAGAGAUUCAUCAGUGCUGGAAGUUGAACUGGAUGUCAAUGAAAUGGCUAAAAAUCAAAGAGUUGAUUGAACUUGCUAGCAUAAAGUUAGAACUUAGUUUACCAGCUAAUAUCUGUCACUGUACCUUUUCAAUAUGGCUCAAGGAAUCAGUGGUAUAAAGGGUUUAGGAUCAGUUACGUGAGUAUAAUCGUAAUGUUGGCAAUUGCUAUCAAUUUUAUGAACUUGUUCACUACUUAUCAA